GCGUGAUCCAUGUUUGCCAAUAUAUAAACGGUGUUCGCAUCGAAAUCCGCACAGAUUGUUUUUGUUUACCGAAACCAACUAGCCGCCAACAUGCCCACCUUUGAGGAGAUCGUCGAGAAGGCCAAGAACUUCAAGAACCUGCCCAGCAAGGAGGAGUUCCUCGAGUUCUACGGCUACUACAAGCAGGCCACCGUCGGCGACUGCAACAUUGAGGAGCCGGAGGAUGAGGAGAAGAAGGCCCGCUACAAUGCCUGGAAGAGCAAGGCCGGUCUGACCGCCGAUGAUGCCAAGGCCUACUACAUCGAGGUCUACAAGAAGUACGCUCCCCAGUACGAAUAAGCAGUGCAUUUCUCUAGUCCUAGCCCUUUCCUGUGACCCCUCUAAUGAUGCAUGUGGAUAUUUGUUGUAACUCGCUGUAUUUAUUGUAAUUUUAUAAUAAACCAAACACUUAUGCAUUUAAAACGAA